GCCGCCUUCUUCCUGCAGGAGCUCUGCGGUCGAGAAAUCCAUUCCCCCAUUUCCCGCCCGCCGAAAUCGACGCCGUGAAAUCGAGGGAGGCCGGGUCCGUCGGUCCCCUGGUGGUUUUUCGUCUCCGUUUCGGCGUUUGGACCGCCUAGGCCACCAUAGCCUCCGCGGAAUCCGGCUGGCUGGCUGGCUGGCGGGGACGGCGCUGUCAAGAGCCAGGCGAGCUCCAGAGGGAUACUAACCGGGGAGAGGGCAGCAGGCGGCAGAGAGGGGUCGCCAGCUCGGGACUCGCCGAGAAGAAACAGCUGAGCGAAGAAGAGGAGGAGGAGGAGCCCAAGGAGAGGGACGGACGAUCCUGGGGCUGGAGCCCAGGCUCGGCGGGGAGGCGGGGAUCGCUCUGGCAGCCUUCCCGGCACGGGUGAUCCGCCGACUUCGCCAAAGCCGUUGCUGUCAGCGGGCGUGAGGAGCGGAGAGGACCGGCUGCGAGCGAGCGAACGAACGAACGAGCAGCCUCGAAAAGCGAGGGAAGGAAGGCAGCCCUUCUCUCUCUCCCCCCCCCACCCCACGUCUCUCCUCCCCCAGCUCCGGAGCCUCUUAGCGGGAGCUCCCCAGCUUCCCCCCUUGCAGCUUGGAGGGUUCCCGGUGGCCCCCGCCUUCCCCGCUUGGAAAGCCCGCAAAGCCGAGCCGAGACGGCGAGAGAAGAAAGACGGCAGGCGGGAGCCCCAAGGAAGGCAAGGGGGCUUUUUUUGAAUGCGACCGUGGCUGGUGAAAGGACGAAACCCGGCUGCAUGGACGAGAACUGGGAGAGAGGGCUUUUUUUUUUUUUUUACCCUUCCUCUACGGAGCGCCGAUGCCCCCUUUCCAAGGUCUAUUUUGAUCUUGGUCUUUUGAACUAAGAAGAACUGUGCAUAGCCAUAUUGCAGAGCGGAUGUGUCCUGGAGUGGAAGCCCUAUGAUGAAGUAAGAGAAGAAGGUGUGGAGUCUCCUGAAAGUGAUGUGAAAUCCAGCCCCCAAGAACUUCUUUGUGGAAGGCAUUUGAGAGGGGACUGUGUUUUCUCCCCGCUAAGACUAUGAUGUCGGUUGAAAGCUCCACAAUAACGAGCAGAAUAAAAAAUUUACUUCGGUCUCCGUCUAUCAAAUUGAGAAGAAGCAAACCAGGGACCAAGCGGGGAAAUAUCAGCACUAAGGUGACUUUAGAAAAAGUCCUGGGAAUCACUGUCUCUGGAGGCAGAGGAUUGGCCUGUGAUCCUAAGAACGGUCUCAUUGCUUAUCCAGCUGGGUGUGUUGUUGUGCUGUUUAACCCCAGGAAAAACAAGCAGCAUCAUAUUCUAAACAGCUCCAGGAAGACUAUUACGGCCCUUGCUUUUUCUCCUGAUGGAAAAUACCUGGUUACUGGAGAGAGUGGGCAUAUGCCUGCAGUCCGUAUAUGGGAUGUUGCUGAGCGGACCCAGAUGGCUGAACUUCAAGAGCAUAAGUAUGGAGUGGCAUGUGUGGCCUUCUCACCAAGCUCCAAGUACAUUGUCUCAGUGGGUUAUCAGCAUGACAUGAUAGUCAAUGUUUGGUCAUGGAAGAAAAACAUUGUUGUGGCAGCCAAUAAAGUCUCAAGCAAAGUGACAGCAGUUUCAUUCUCUGAGGAUUGCAGCUAUUUUGUUACAGCUGGAAACCGGCACAUCAAAUUUUGGUACCUGGCUGAUAGCAAAACCUCUAAGGUGAAUGCCACGGUCCCCUUGCUUGGGCGUUCUGGUUUGCUCGGAGAAUUGAGGAACAAUUUUUUUACAGAUGUGGCAUGUGGCAGGGGUAAAAAAGCAGACAGCACUUUUUGUAUCACUUCCUCUGGUCUGCUGUGUGAAUUCAAUGACAAGAGGCUACUGGACAAGUGGGUGGAAUUGAGGAACACAGACAGCUUCACAACCACUGUGGCAAAUUGCAUCUCCUUGAACCACGAUUACAUCUUCUGUGGCUGUGCUGAUGGUACUGUUCGAAUUUUUAAUCCUUCAAAUCUUCACUUUGUGACCACACUCCCUAAACCGCACUUCCUAGGGACGGAUAUCGCCAGUGUUACAGAAGCCAGUCGGCUUUUCUCUAAUGUGACUGAUGCCAAGUAUCCAGACACCAUUGCCUUAACCUUUGAUCCGAAUAACCAGUGGCUGUCUUGUGUUUACAAUGAUCACAGCUUGUAUGUGUGGGAUGUCAAAGACCCCAAGAAAGUGGGCAAGGUUUAUUCUGCGUUAUACCACUCCUCCUGUGUCUGGAACAUUGAGGUGUAUCCUGAGGUAAAGGAUAGCAAUCAAUCUUGCUUGCCCCCAAACACCUUCAUCACUUGCUCCUCAGAUAACACCAUCCGCCUGUGGAACACUGAGAGCUCAAACAUCCAUGGAGCCUCCUUGCAUCGAAACAUCCUGAGCAACGAUUUGAUGAAAAUCAUCUAUGUAGAUGAAAACACUCAGGCCCUCUUGGACACAGAAUACAAUACAGCUGGAGGUGUAGAGAAGGCUGACACACAGGCCAUAGAUACAAAAGUGGGGAUUCGCACAGUGUGUGUGAGCCCUACUGGGGAGCACCUGGCCUCAGGUGAUAGGAUAGGCACUCUCAGGAUAUAUGAAUUGAAGCCCCUGAGAGAGAUGCUGAAGGUAGAAGCCCAUGACUCAGAAAUCCUCUGCCUUGAAUAUUCCAGACCAGAGACAGGAUUGAAGCUUCUAGCAUCCGCAAGUCGGGAUAGAUUGAUUCAUGUCUUGGAUGCAGAGAAGGAUUAUAGCCUACAACAAACCAUGGAUGAACAUUCAUCUUCCAUAACUGCAGUGAAAUUUGCAGCCAACGAUGGAAAGGUGAGAAUGAUCAGCUGUGGGGCUGAUAAGAGCAUCUAUUUCCGCACUGCACAGAAGACAAAUGAUGGGGUUCACUUUACUCGUACACAUCAUGUUGUUAGGAAGACUACUCUUUAUGAUAUGGAUGUGGACCCUAACUGGAAAUAUGCUGCUAUUGGAUGCCAAGACCGUAACAUCAGGAUUUUCAACAUCAGCAGUGGGAAGCAAAAGAAACUAUACAAGGGAUCUCAAAGUGAAGAUGGCACUCUAAUUAAAGUACAAAUGGAUCCUUCUGGUCUGUACAUUGCAACCAGUUGUUCUGACAAGAACCUUUCUAUCUUUGAUUUCUAUUCAGGCGAAUGUGUAGCCACAAUGUAUGGGCACUCAGAGAUCGUAACUGGGAUGAUGUUCAGUAAUGACUGUAAACACUUGAUUUCAGUCUCUGGUGACAGCUGUAUUUUCAUUUGGCGUCUGAGUUCUGAGAUGACUAUCAAUAUGCGUCAGCGGCUGUCUGAAAUGAAGCAAAGGGGAAAACAAGCAGAAAAAACUCAACCAGGCAAAACAGCUGGUCUUUCCAGGCAUGAAUCAGUCUCCGCCCUCUCAUCUGCACCAGUGCUUUCAUCAGACAGCGAUAAGGAUGGUGAAGAUGAAGGAAAUGAUGAGGAUGAGUUACAUGGACUACAGUCUUUCCAAAUGACAACCAAUGUCAAUCUUGAAAGUUGUUCAGAUCUUUCUCUUUCAAGAAGCUUAUCUCACUGGGAAAUGAGACGGGCAAAAGAAAUGGCGAUGAUCCAGGGUUCAGAAAACACCAUGAGCAAGAUGCCUCGGCAGCGGAGCCGUUGGACCCAGCCAACGAGCAGUUUAGAGAUGACGGUUAAAUCUAUGCUUGAUCUACGUCAACUGGAGUCUUUCUCAGUGUCUCGUUCCGCUAGUCAGGAUUCUCUUUCCCAGGCCAGCAAUGGAGAUGACCACAAAGAACACCCCAGUGUCUCAAAUUAUGCCAAGAAAGAGGGAGGCUCCACAGCUCUGGAAGAAAAUCAGCCUUGCCUUCGACCUCAAGUGAUUAGACUUGUGUCCUGUGAAGGAGGGAUUUUCCCACAAGAAAUGGAACCUUCAGAGAGUGAAGAGUGUGUCAUUUACCCAGAACAAGAUGAUCUUCCUCCUGCUGAUAUCAGCAGUGAUUUCCAAGUAAAAGCACUUCCACAUGGAAAACUGGGUAGAGGCUACAAUAGCAACGAGGGGCCAGAUAAGCACAGCCCCGACAGUGCUUGUUCUGUGGAUUAUAGUAGCAGUCGACUAUCAAGUCCAAAUGAAGAUUCUGAAAGUACAGAGCCUCUCAGUGUGGAUGGCACUUCAGACUUGGAUGAGCAAGUGGGUGAAGAAGAUGAGGAAGAUGUAAACACUGGAUUAUUGGAUGGAGAUGUUCCCACGACUCCAGAUCAAGAGAAGUUCCUCAAGCAGCAUUUUGAGACUCUAGCCAGUAACAGUGAUAAGGAUGGAUCAUGUAGGACCCUGGAGAGAAUGGAAAACAGCAUUUCUUCUCGGUUUCUAUCUCGGUUUCCAGGACUCAGGGAACCCUCAUUUUCUGCAUCAAAGCUGGUACUGGAUAAGAAAUCUACUGAAGGGUCUGGUUUGCCAAAACAACGUACCAAUGAACUGCUGAAAAAUGGGCUUGACCAUCAGGACAUGCCCACAGAGAACGGCUUCUUUCAAAAUGAUAUUAAUUCCAUUAGGUCACUUUAUAUGCAGAAAAAAAGGAAGUCUGCUGUAGAGAUCAACAGAGGACGUGGAAGAUCUGUUGGGUCUUUCCCAGAUAGUGAUGGAGCAGUGAUGCUGCGGAAAUCCCAAUCAGUUCACGAUCUUGUUCAUAAUGAUAAAAUUCCUGGUGUGAUGCUGUCUGUCAGGCAACGACCUCAGGCACUAAUCAUAGGUGAGAAGGAGCCAAAAUCUAACCAUUGUCAGACAUUUUCUGCAACACUAUUGAAGAUGGAGAAUUCCAGCUUUUUGCAAGCCAAAGACAUUAAAGCUGCAAAACCAAAGUCCUAUAUGAGUCCUACCACAAGUUUCAUGGCCAAGAUGUCCCGUAGUGUGUCUAUGGGAGAGAAUCUGUGCUUUGGUGAUAGUUCAGAAAACCAGAAUGAAGUGAAAAUCAUCCCGCAAGUAUCAGAGAAGACAAGAUUAAAUCUGUUAGAGGACAUUGAGAAGAAUAAGCCAUUUGUGAAAGACAACAGCCCAGUGAAAUCUUCUCUUCAGCAAACUGCAAGCUCUUCUUCACCCCAGUCCUUUCAGAGCAAGUUGGCAUCUAGUCGAGCCCAUUUGACUCUUGACAUCCCCAAGCCUCUACCUGAUAGACCAAUAUUAGCUUCUUUCUCACCAAAGACAAAAUCAAAAACUGUGCUAGGACCAGAAUAUCCUCAGUCACCUGGUGCUGUUGGGAAAAAGAAGCAGUCUUUUCCUGAAGGCUGGGCCUUGAAAUUGGAAAGUCAAGCAUCUGGACCUCUUGGCCUUGGUAAAAGUAGUUCUUUGAGUCCUUGUGCAGACGCUCUGAAAGAGAACCAAACACAAUUGAGGUCCAAAACCCAACUUGAGCCAAGAGUAACUAAUUCCAAGCGAAAAGAGCCUUCAGAUGAACUGCAUCCGAUUUCUUCAGAAAAACUGCCACUGGAAUGCAGGGACAAAGUUGCCACUGUUAGUUAUGUGCCAGCUAACAAUGAGCAUUGCUCUUAUGAAGAAAGUGGGCCAAGGUCUCCUACAAAUGCAAAAAGCCUUGGAAAGGAUUCAGGUUCUUCAAUCAGUGUUGAGCAAUGCAAGCACGUAGUGUCUGAGCUCCAGGACAGUAUGCGUAAGGCCAUCCAGAUAUAUCACCUGGUAUCUACUGAUAUGGAAUCUUCACCUGAUAAAGAUAAGAUUUCAGGUCUGUUGACUGAAACUUUCUCUGUGAUGAAAAAAGAAUUGGAUUCCCUGAAAGAUGGCAAUGGACUUCAAAGGAAGAAAGAUCAACUGAUGCAACCACAAAAUAUAGUUGGAAUGCCAUUAGGGGAGGGCAGUGGUGAAACUUUACCUAGCCCUCGGCACUUUGGAGAUGACCAAACUCUUGCCUUGUUGGAACAAUACUCAGAGUUACUGCUACAAGCUGUUGAACGACGUAUGGAUAAAAAACUUUAAAUAUAGUUUUCAACAACAAACACUUUUAAUGGAAUGCUAAGAACCAUACACAAUGGACAAAAACUGAUGGAUCAUUAUCAUAUUGACAACUUGAAAUAACACUUUGGGGUGUUUUUUUAAUCCAAUGGGCAAAUAUCUUUUCUUUUAACAGAAACAGUUCUGUCCACAACUUUUUAAAAUGUGCUGGUCACAGUACUAAUCUCCUUGUGCCUAUCUCCUCCACGAAGAGUGUUAUAAGAAAUAUUUGGCUUAAAAACCAUUCUAGCAAUUAAAGAGAAUUGGUCAAUGGUCAGUGGUCCAGGAAUGGCCCAGCCUAAAACUGCUGACUUAAUAGAAUGAGAUCAAGCUGAAAUAGCUUUGUCCCUCUGCAGUGUUAUCUCAAACUAGGCAUAGACUAUUACAACUGUUAUUUAUUAAUUUAUUUUUACGAUUAUAAUUCUGAAACUUUUACCUGGGUUUUGUAGUUAUGGUUAUUUUGACAUCUUUUCCACAUUUAUAGUGUGAGAGAUUUGAUAUAGUAAAUAUAUUGAUGGACAGCAGGUAGGUUAUAGAACUGCUUUCUGCUGUAGCCUGUAUUACUGAUUUUUGCUUCCUUGUUCCUCUUUAUUAUGCCAAUAUGUUUUAUUUUAAUUUUGUAUUCAGCAUUAUGAUCAUUCUGCUUCUGUUUUCUGUUUAAAGAAAAUCCUGUGCUCUAUUUUUCAUUGACAUUUGUUUCCACAAAUCACUGGUUCUACGUCCAGAGAUUUGUUACAAAGCUUGUUGGUUAAAAGAAAGGCUUUUUAAACCUGUAGUUAAAAAAUAGUUGUACGUUUCUCAGGUUUUAUGUAAAACCAUAUCCAUCAGAGUCAAAUUGAUGCAGUUGAAUAACUAUCCAUUUUUUAAAAAUUCUUACAGCUGGGUUAUGUCAGUGGCAUCAGCUACUGGACUCAUGAUAUUAGCACUGUUCUGUUUUUGUGGAUAUAGAAAUGUAGAAAAGUUGAUAUGAUGGGGAAGGGGUAGUGUCAUAAAACAGUCACAGAACAGAGUGAUGAAAGCUUGUAAUCAAUACAACUUCUGGGAAAGCUUCAGAUAUUCCUAACUUCCCAAAAAAGAGAUCCCUUUUCUCUGUCUAUGGCUGAAAUCUGAAAACAAUCCAAGUGUGAGUGUUCAGGAAAUACUGAUUGCUAUGACAUUACUAUUCUAUUUCCUUUCCUCCCUUACACUGGAACAUAACUAAAGCUUACUGUGUUCUACAUUAUACCAGAUUUCUCCAAUUCCGUAUCAAUUAGCCUUUGUUCAAACAAAGAAGGAAAGUAAGUGCAGAUCUACUACAUCCUUUUAGCUACAGUACCCUUUGUAUUGAAUUAUUAAUCCUAACAUGUCUGAAGUAUUCACUGAUAAAAAAGAAACCUUUUUAAAACAAUAAAGUUAUAAAACUUUAAUACUACUCUCUCAGGUUAGAAUAGCAGUGUUUCUUACUGGUGAUCUGAUCAUUUUAAUAAAUGGCUUCACUGUUGUAGCCUAGCCUCCAUCUUCUGCCUCCUAGUUUUGUUGAGGUUAAAACAACUUUGUUGAGAAUUCUUAGCCGGUAUGGUCCAAAUUAAAAUUCUGAAGAUUUGCGCUCAUAGUCAAUCUAGAGGAUACCAUGGUGAAAUAGGCUGAUUUAGAUAUUCCUGAGUGGCUUUUGUACUUGCAUUUUGUAAACUGUCAUGUGAACAUCUGUCUUCAUUGCUCCAGAUAGCUGGCCACCUCUGGUAUAGCUUUUUGUCUGAAUCUCAUUAGCUUUCAUCCAGCACCACUGCAGCGUUAAAGAAAUCUGCAGAGCUGUUCCCGUUUUGGCUGUCCAUUGAACUCCAAGGCUGGGGACUUGGAGCAGUUAGUGCUGUUUAAUUAUGUCAUUUCUGGAUUUGUUUAGAUAAUUCUCUGAAUAGAUUUGAAUGAUAGUUGGCACACUUCUUAAAACUGAGCUUUUUUCUUCCAGCUAUAGAUGCUUGAAUCUAGAGACACAAGAAAAAGAGUCUUAUUGCUAAGGAUAGACUGCUGGAAUAUACUCUUAACUUAAGUGAAAAUUAAGGUGGCUUUUUUCUACACAUCCAUGUUGGGAAAUGUCAUAAUAGCCAAAAUAUCUUCUUCCUGUUCAUAUCUAGACUGUAAAAAGUGUUCAAUGCUCAGGAAUCUUUCCUAUGCUGGAACACAUGCACUCAGGUAAAGAAGUCAUGCUUCCAGAUAUCCUGUGGCAUGAACAAUGAGAAAUUCAGAAUGUCUAUUCAACCUUGACAGGGUCAAACUUUCAAAUGUCUUUGGAAAUAAAAUCAACUUGCUGAUAAUUUAUACCUCAAGCAUUAACAAGUAAUGAUUAAUCAGGGACUGCCUUGGAUAAGAGGCAACAUCAAAACCCCUGUUAAUUUCAAAGCAGUUUCCAGUGAAUAUGUUUCAUUGUGUUAUUCUUAUAUCAGGACCUAUUUAUUUUCAUAGACCCAAGUAGGAAAAUACUGUAAUACAGAUAGGGACUUGGAUGUGAACUAGAACUGUAGUUUUGUGAGUCUUGAGUAAGUAGAUAUUUAAGGAGGAAUGGAUAGGCCUGUAAUUUCUAAUAUUUUGUUUAAAGGCAUACUGAAGGCUUCUAGAAAAGUUAUACGACUGAGAAUCAGUUGAUUCAAGGAGUGAAAUAGAAUGAAAAAGUUCUGGAAUGGAAGAGAGACAUUGUAAGUAGGGUUAGCAAUUAAACAAUAAUGUAAAUGAGCUCAUAAUUAAAAAUUGAGAUAUGUUUGUCUUUUGAAGUACCCUUUAUUUUCCCACUAAUACGUAUGAUUUGGGCAUGGGGAAGGAAUAUUCUCAGUCAAUAAAAUUUCUCAAAGCCAUUUGAGUUCCAUGAGAUUCUGACCUCCUUUAUUUUCUCUAUGCGGUCAGGAAGAACCAGGAGAAAAGUCUACAUAUUCUCCAUGGAAAAUACUUGAUGUAAAAUACACUUUUUAGUCAUUGGUGGCACCUUAGUAGACUUAUAGUAAUUCAAAUGUAAACUUUGGAGCAUUGCUUUUUAAAAAGUUAGAUUAUAAGAAGAUUUGUGACAGUAAAAUGUCAGCUAGCAUACUUUUGUUUUCAACUGCAUGCAGCUUUUCUGGUGUUAUUAUGGAUGUCCAUUAGCCCUUUAAGGAAACUUCAACAUGUUAUCUAGGGAGAGGAAAAAUACAAAUGCAGUAUUUCAAUCUGCUAUUUCUACUGUUUUUAAUGUAUGCAUGCAAUUUCUACAUAUUAAAAAAAAAACCUCAAAGAGAAACUAUAAAAGAUCCAUUUCUGAUGUCAUAUUUGCAUAUUGUCUCUGUGUUUUCUGAAAUGUUUCUUAAUGUGAUUUAAAAUUUCUUAUACUAUUUCUCUUUUCAAAGAUAGCCUUUAUUAAAAAAAAUACUGUGCAUGCAAAUGAGACCUAUCCCUGUUUCUAUAGAAACACAGGAAAACUUUCAAAGGCUGAAAUAUGUGCACACCAGUUAUAGAUAUAUGUAUCUGGUAUUUCUACAUUUGAAUGUCCUGUUACGUACCUGUACUUGUUUUCUUUUUUGUAUAAACAUCUUUUUGAUAUUGGGGCUUAUUCACUUCUCCUUUUCACUCCAGUGAUCCAGAACUUAUUGAUCCCAAAGAAAGAACCAGCCAACACUGAGGACAGUGUUUUAAAACAUAAAUAACAUUGUCAUGUACACUCAGCCACUGGAUCUACAGAAUCCAAUAUUUAAAAUAUGACAUAUUCAGAAUGCAGAGCAGCUACUGUAUGUCCCUUUGGGUACUGCUGGCUAAAUUGUUAUUUCUCUAGAUUAAAAAAAAGAAUAUCCUGUAUUAUUUGUAAAUAAUAAGCUGAAGCUGGGCUGCUUAUAUAUUGGGCUAACCUGCUGUAAAUUAGGAAUACAGUAAGCCAUGUCUACACAAUGUAUCUUUAAAUCUAGGGUACAGAUAGCUUUUAUCUGUGUUCUUUCAACACUCCCUUUUUAUUUUACACUUGUUUCAAAGGAGAAAACAACCCUAAACCUUCUUAUUUAUAAAUUGUGUUUUGUAUCUUGACUUUAAUGGAAUAUGAACCUUUUACAAUGUCCUUUUUUAAUUAUUUGAAAAUUGUUUUAAUGGUUGUUGGGGAUUUGCACUGUGAGCGACUUUGGGGGGGGGUAUUUUUAAUUCUGCAUUCAUUUGUAUUCAAUGUCUAAAUUUCAAUAAAGAAAUUUAUUGUUACAAAUUUA